AUGAUAUUUACUCUAUUAUCAACUCUACCCGUUCUCAUUAUCACUUCAGAAUUGGACUACUCGGAAUUGGUGAAUUCGGCAGAGUUGGUAUCCUCUUCCUCUUCUUUAUCACCAUCUCAUCUCGAUCACAAGUCCUUCAAACCUCGAAAACUAAACUGCACUCGAGACACUGAUAUCAUUGAUAGACUGCUCAAUGGAACAGGAUACAACAAGUUUCGAAUUCCGCAAGAAGAAGGAAUGACUGUAGUCGUGGAGAUAUGGAUUCAAGCGAUUACGUCAAUCGAUGAGUUGACGAAUGACUUUGAUAUGGAUAUUUAUAUAACCGAGACUUGGUUGGAUCCAGCUUUGAAUUUUCAGCAUAUGAGUCCCUGUAAAGGAAAUCUUUCACUGAAUCAUCAAGUAUUGGAUAGACUGUGGACACCGAACAGUUGCUUCAUUAACAGCAAAGUGGCUCAAAUUCAUAAUUCUCCGUUCAGGAGUGUAUUCCUGAUGUUAUUCCCUAACGGAACGGUUAUGGUGAACUAUCGAGUCAGAGUGAAAGGACCUUGCAGUUUGGAUCUCUCCAAUUUCCCACUGGAUCUUCAGAAGUGUAGUUUGAUAUAUGAAAGAAGUCGAAAUGAAGUGGUCAGAUGCAGAAUAUCCGGUUUUCAAUUUAUAAAAAUCGUGUUACCUGACUUUGAUUUGUUCGAAAUUCAAACGGAAAGGAAGCAAGAGAACUACCCAGCGGGAAUGUGGGACGAGUUGCAUGUGACAAUAAUAUUUGAAAGACGAUUCAUUUGGUAUUUCAUGCAAGCAUAUCUACCAACUUACUUGACUAUUUUUAUUAGUUGGGUAUCAUUUGCUCUCGGCUCGCGAGCCAUUCCAGCUCGAACGAUGCUCGGUGUCAACAGUCUUCUGGCAAUUGUUUUUCAAUUUGGAAAUAUUAUGAGAAACUUACCAAGAGUUUCGUAUAUCAAAGGGAUUGACGUUUGGAUGUUGGUAUCGAUGACAUUCAUUUUUUGUUCUCUUCUGGAAUUGGCGAUUGUCGGAUUUAUGGUUCGAGAUGAGACAGUGGCGAAGAAGAAGAAUCAGCAGAAGAAGAUCUCGGGAAAUCCAUCGCGUGAAGAAUCUCCCCACGGCAUCAUCUCCGAACGUCGUUUCAUGUUUCCUCCCGGAUGCACCGAAUCUUCAAAAUCUCUGAAUUCGUGUGGAACGGGAUGUUGGACACCAGAACGCAUCGAUUCGAUAUCCAGUGUCAUGUUCCCACUCACUUUCUUUGUUUUUAAUGUAAGAUAA